AUGGGCGAUGACAAUCGAAAAAUAAUUCGUCACUCGAAUGGACAAACGACUGCAUACAUUCUCGACUCCUUUGUCGACCCUUGGAAACCAGCUGAGACCAUAUUACUCCAACAUGGCUUCGGGCGAACCUCAGAUCACUUCUAUCACUGGGUUCCGGCCCUAGCUAGAAAGUACAACGUCUUGCGUCGCGAUCUGCGAGGCCACGGCGGUUCAAGCUACCCGGGCCCCGAUGACGACGAAGUCUACCAAUACACAACUGCCACGAUUGUGGAUGAGAUCAAAGAGACCUUAGAUCAACUGAAUAUUGAGAAGGUUCACUUCGUUGGAGAGUCGACAAGUGGCAUGCUCGCAGAAAUAUUUGCUGCAACAUACCCAGAACGAGUCAACUCAAUCAUUGUGUGUUCAUCGCCGACCCGUUUGCCAGCCUCGGCGCAGCAGUUUCUUGCUUUUGGUUUGGAAUCUUGGCCCCAGGCAUGCCGCCAACUGGGAUCGAGAGGUUGGGCAGAACGCCUCCUGGGUGCGAGCGGCACUGUGGCGAGUAGUGAUCCCAACUACCUCGCAUGGUGGAAGGACAAGGUCGCUGUCAGUGAUGGAGAAGGGCUCGCAGGAUAUGCCGAGUUCCUGAGUCAGCUGGACGCUCAGCCUUACUUGGGGGAUAUAAAAGCUUCUAUGCUGAUCUUAUCACCUACAAACAGUGCUCUUGUAAGCGUCGAGUCCAUGAAGAAGCUGGCUGGUGAGAUUGCCUCGUCGAAACUGGAGAUCAUUGAGUCUCAAGGGCAUGAGAUUUAUGCCGAGGCUGCAGAGGACUGCAUUUCCAAGAUUGAAAAGUUCCUGCAGGAACUCUAG